AUGGUAGUGAUCGAGCAGGAGCCCGAGGAGCCGACGCGGCCCUCGUCGCCAGCGGCGGAGGAGCAGGCGGCCGCCGCGGCCGGCGGGGAGGCGGUGCGCCCCUCGUCUUCAGCGGCGCCCGAGGAGGCGGCCGCCGCCGCGGCCAGCGGGGAGGCGUCGAGGGCGGCGGAAGAAGAGGAGGAGGCCUUCGAGGACGCGCUCACCGACGAGCAGCUGCGAGAGAAAGCUAGAAGCCAAGCAAAUGAUGCAAAAGCAGAAGGAAACAAGCUUUUUGGUGCUGGACAAUAUGAGGAAGCAUUAUCUCAAUAUGAAAUGGCAUUGCAAAUUGCUGCUGAGCUGGAAUCUUCUGAGGAUAUACGCGCCGCAUGCCAUUCAAAUCGUGCUGUGUGCUUCCUGAAAUUGGGAAAACAUGAUGAGACGAUUAAAGAAUGCACAAAAGCACUUGAACUCAACCCAACAUACCUGAAAGCCUUGCUUCGGAGGGCAGAAGCGCAUGAAAAGCUUGAACACUAUGAUGAAGCUAUUGCUGAUAUGAAAAAGGCUAUUGAAGUGGAUCCUUCAAAUCAACAAGCCACGAGGUCUCUUUUCCGACUUGAGCCCCUGGCAGCUGAGAAGAGGGAAAAGAUGAAGGAAGAAAUGAUUGCAAAGCUGAAAGAUCUGGGGAACUCUGUGCUGGGCCGCUUCGGAAUGAGUGUUGACAAUUUCAAAGCUGUCAAAGACCCAAACACUGGUUCUUACAGCGUUCAAUUCCAGAAGUAA